AUUUUCGCCUUGUAUCCUCUGAAGUGCUCCGACCUCAACGCUUCUCUCCUUAAUUUUAUAUCCAGUUGAUGCCCACGACCAGACAAUGAAAGCCAACUAAAUGUGUCCGAGGGUGACCCAGAUCCGAUCGGUGGUCGAACCAGUCUUCGCCCUCAGCGUCCAUCACGUCCCAAAGCUUGACCUCCUUCUCGGUCCUCACUACCAUUCAAGUUAAUUAACUCUUUCCUCACUUUACUUCUCUUCUCUUCCUCCUUCUCAUCUCACCUUCGCUUUCUCUUUGCCAUUUCCUCAACACUCUUCCUCGCUUUCCUUGCGUCCCUUCAUCGCUCUCAAGAUGAAGAUCAAGUGUACUUACAAAGAUUGCUUCAAGCACUUCAACUCCCAAGAUGCUAUGAUCGCACACAAAACCAAAGACCCAGUACACAGCUACUGCAAGCUGUGCGAUGUCGACUGCGAAGAUGACAUGCAUCUCUUCAUCCAUCAACUCGGAACUCCCGCUCACAUUUGCUGUCCAGUCUGUGCUCAAGAGUUCAAAAGUACUUCCGGCAGAGAUCGACACGUCGAACAGGACCAUCGAGCAGCCCAAUCCCUGGAGUGUGCAGGAUGCAACAUGAAAUUCCGCUCCGCAGCAAGCCUGAUGAGCCACAUCGAAAACGACGAAUGCUCAAUCAUCAGACUGCAAGACUUCCAAAUGCAAAGAGCUGAGAAGCAGAUCCAGAAAGAUGCCUGGGUAGCUGAAACAGAUCCAUUCAACAUCAACCCAUCCGCUCGUGGCUGGGAAAACCGUACAAAUCUCGGCACAGAACGCAGUACAGGUCUUCUAGACGGCGGUCUUGUUAACGCCAGUCCCAAACGUGACAACCCCGACGUCAAUGGCUGGCUCGCGUCAGUCAAGUCCACUGCCACCAAUCCACCAUCCGACAAUCACAGCGAAGUCGCGUCGAUCUACAACCGCAAGACGUCCGAGUCAAUCAUGUCCGAGAACGUUCCGCCACCCAGCGUCCUCCGCCCCGCCGACCCCGAUCCAGCGGCCGGACACAAGCACGUCAUCAGCAUGCCAGCACACAGUAUCAUCACCACCACCUCGUCGUUGGACAUGGAGCGGUUCUGGGACGCCAUUCGUCAAGAGUACAUCUGUCCAGGCGAGAAAUGUCGUCGCACUUUCAAAAGCAGAUUGGAUUUCCAGAAGCACUUACUCUCGUCUGCACAUGUCGGCGGACAGGUCGUUUGUCCUUCGUGUCUGAAGCGGUUCGCGACGACGACGGCGUGGGUGGCGCAUUGCGAAUCUGCGAGUAAGAAGUGCGAUAUCCGGAAUAGCAGUGACUUCAACAAUGUGAUACGUGAGAUUACGGGAGGUGUGUUGGGGACGCGGGGGUUCAUGGAUGAUGGGAGCGUGCAGUAUGUCGCACCUAAGAUUCAGGAGUGGUAAAGCGAUGAAACCUGGAAACGGUGUACUGGUGUGCAACGAUAUGACAUGGCCAGCGGAAGGAGUUGAGUGAUGCGAGCUGGGCAGGCAUAUUUCCAAGGCUGCUGACACUACAAGAUUACAGCAAUGGAGGUGCAAUGACGGGGCUGCUAUCCUCC